AUGGCAUCCCCCACCCCAAUUACAAUCAAUUUCAUCACUGGAAAUAAGCACAAGCUUCGAGAAACAAAGGCAAUUCUGGGUAAUAUGGUGCAAAUUUCAAACCAAAGGGUCAAUACCACCGAAAUUCAGGGUUCUCUUGAAGAAAUUGCGACAGACAAGUGUCGAAAAGCAGCUAUAGCAGUCAACGGACCCGUCUUGAUAGAGGAUAGUGCCCUUGAAUUCAGGGCACUCAAGGGUUUCCCUGGACCAUAUAUACGACCGUUCUUCUCGGCGUUAGGCAAUGACGGUCUGCACAAGCUACUAACGGCUUAUGAGGACAAAGCAGCAAGGGCUGUAUGCACAUUCGCCUUCUCCGCCGGCCCUCGAUCUGAACCUAUUCUUUUCCAGGGAUACACCGAAGGCAUGAUCGUCCCUAAAAGAGGGCAGGGGGGCUUUGCGUUCGAUCCUAUCUUUGAAUUUGAAGGCAAGACAUACGCAGAGAUGACCUUUGAUUACAAGAAUACAGUUUCAGAGAGAUUCAAGGCGCUGGAGAAAUUCAAAAGCUGGCUACAGGAUAGCUAUGGCAUUGCGGGACUAUAG